GACUACGCUGCCAUUUUGGAACGGCAGUGCUUUUUGUUCGUGUGAAGCGCUUGCUCGUUGUGAAGAGUAGAUUGUGAUUUAGUCAAGUGUAGUUUUAUUUUAAGUCGAACUCAAUCAAAAUGAGCUGGCAAGAUUAUGUCGAUAAACAGUUAAUGGCAUCCAGAUGUGUGACAAAAGCUGCGAUUGCCGGUCACGAUGGGAAUGUCUGGGCCAAGUCAGAAGGCUUCGAAAUAUCAAAAGAUGAAGUCGCGAAGAUGGUGGCCGGUUUCGACAAUGAAUCACUGUUAACGAGCGGUGGCCUGACGAUAGCGGGCACACGAUACAUCUACCUCAGUGGCUCAGACCGCAUCAUACGCGCAAAACUCGGCAAGGUCGGCGUGCACUGCAUGAAGACACAGCAAGCCGUCGUAAUUUCUCUGUAUGAAGAACCCAUCCAACCCCAGCAAGCCGCAUCCGUAGUGGAGAAGUUAGGAGACUAUUUAAUUACCUGUGGUUAUUAGAGAUCGAAGCGCGCCGUGAUCUAAGAAUACUAUAAGAUAAUAUUUUUUCCACAGGGAAAUAAGUAACUGCAUUUUGUAUAUUCUAUAAAGUGAUAAGGACCGUUCAUUUGUUUUGAUAUUCGAUAAAUUAUGGCGUCAUCAGUGCGUGAUGCGUUUAGUAACUGUGUGCAGAUGCAAUUACUUUGCGGAUUUUGGACCCUUUUUAUACGCUCACCGCUUCCAUAAAGUAAUUGUAAGCUGUAUUGGUUUACAUGUAUUUUAAAGUUUGCUUUUAUUGACCAGUACGGUAAAGCAUAUUCAGCUUUGCAAGCAGGUCUCAAAGCAUGAUGUAUAGAGUUUUUUUAGGUUUCUUCUCAAGCAUUCUGAUACUCUAUCUGGCGUGUACAAUGAUCUAAAUUAAAUUAUAAUCGAGGUAGACUUGAUAUUUGUGUCACUAGCCAUCUAGACAAAUAUGCCCGCGUACAGAUGCUUGAAGAGAAGUUAUAAUAACCACGUAAUGAAAUUACUGUAACAACAUUAUACAACAUAUAUAUAUAUAAUUAUAAAUAGCAUUUUGUGUAAGGGCUUGUUACAAAUUGAAAGACACUGUAACCCAAGUAUUACGAUUUUAAUUGAAGAUCUCUAGUCCCACUGGAACCAUCGUGUGAGUAAUAUCUGACACAUCAGUGCGUGGCGGACGAGGUCCGAGCCGCGACGCGCCGCGGCUUCGACCCCCACAUGGCCCGCCAUUACAGUUUUCUGCUAUGCUUUCUUUUUAAUUGUGCCGCAUUUAUAAUCUUGUGUAGUGAGUAAUAAACAUUUGCAUUCUGUUCUAUUCUAUCUCUUAGCUGCAGAAAUAGAAGCGCUCAAUUACCCUGUAUCCUCAGACAAGGCUUGCAGUAAACGAAGGGUGCAUAUUGUUUAUAUUUGAUAUUACUACUAUAGCUUUGUACAUUGUUUCUGAUAAGCGAUGGGAACUGUGUCUAUCUAAUAAUAAAAUGAUUUGUAUUAUAA